UUCCAGCUAAAAUCAUGUAUGAUCUAAUACAAUAUAAUAGAGGGUUUAUUUCUCAGAUUAACUUGUCCUUUCCCACAUCCAGUGUUGUUCAGGGUUAACCAGCAAGGUGUAAAUAGAAUAUUCUAAAGGGUUACUAUGAUGAGUUGCCUGUGAUUCACUCCUUUCAGAGCUAUUGUGAAUGGAGUUUUCAUUCUGAAUAAUAGGCCACUUAGUGGCUCACAUAUUUUGUUUCUCCUGGGUUCUGAAAAACUGACAUAAUCAUUAAUUCACAAACUGUGGUUUUAAAGGGGAUUUGAGAGGUGCAGUUCAUCAGUGAAGGGGCUAAGGCUGAUGGGUAAAUGGAUUAACAUUCCAGUGGAUUCAGUGAGAGUACCACUUCAAAAAAGCAGGGGGAGGGUAAGUAUGCAAGUGCACAAUGUACAGGGACAGAGCCCAUGCCAUGGAUUUAUUCCUACUGGGAACUUUUCUGCUGGCUUUCACAGUGCCACCCAUGUUGUGUAGCCUAGAAUGCCAUAGUGUUUGCCCAUGAUGUAUUUAUACAGAGUAUACAGUGUAAUUAAUGUACAAGCCAUGGCUCAGCACAAUGUAAGUGUAAGUGAUAGCUGUCUGUUGCUGCCAGGGUGGGCAUGUGGCUCUGAUGCACAUAAUGGGCGCAACUCUUACACACCAGUGCCAUUCCCGCGAGGGCACUGCUUAUUGUAGGCAGAUAAGGAAAUGUGAGUAUAAUCCCCAGUAGCUGUAGCAGUAUAUCCCACUUGAGCUGCUAAGAGAGACUUUGUCAGUGACAAUGUCCAAGCGACGCCCCUGCAGUGGGAAGAUCCAUCCUGGGCUGAGCUCCAUGCGAGCAAACUUUAGAGUGCCAACGUGCAUUACUAAUCGCCAGCAGCAGCAGUGGAGGAUCGCACCGUAUCGGCUGGAGUUUGUAGCACAAUCACAUCUCGCUUCUCUUGUGCUCGCAGCCAAAGCCUUUAGCUCCCACUUCUGUCUGUCUCCCUUUAGUUGAUGCGAGAGCUUUUCAGUGCAAUAACCCGGCUUAUAGGCAAGUGUCGGUCGUUGCACAGACGAGGACAGAUUAUCUGCGACUGCGAGCGGGAGACAUUCAUGAGAUCUGGGGACCUGACAUGAUGCUGAAAUGGCUUUUCUUCGUCUCUCGGGCUGAUCGUGUGUAAGGGGCUCAGGCACAAGUUCGGCUGAAGGAUCUGAGUAUGUGGGGAUCUGCGGGCAGGAAUAUGUUGCACGUCUCCUCUCUCCUCCUCAGCCUGGCAGCUGCCUUCUCCAGAGUGACAGAAAGUCGUGGGAUAGUGGACAGCAUACAGAGGUUUACUUUGCUUCCAACAUACCUUCCAGUGAGCUAUACCAUUCAACACAGUGAUGUUUCCUUCUCCCUUAAAGAAGCAAACCAGGACAUCAUGAGGAAUACUACUUUGCAAUCCAGAGUUGAGUCGUUCCUUGUUUAUAAGGCAAAGAAACAACCAGUAAUCAAUGUCAACUAUGGACCAUUUGUUAUAGAACAACCAGUACCACCAGAUAUACUUUUGAUGCAUGGCCAUUUUGAAUCUAUGGAGAAAUUUACUUUUAAUUGGAAAAUUAAAGCCUAUAUCCUAAAUGAAAAAGUUUAUGCUGCCAAACCCAAAGUUCAGAUUUUGUUUUACAUUGUGGGAAGAGAUUGGGAUGACUACAGCACCACAGAAAAACUUCCUUGUGUAAAGGCAUUUGCUUUUCGUGAGACAAGAGAAGUAAAGGGGAUCUGCAAAUUAACUGGGGAUUUAGGGUUGUGCAUGGUGGAGUUGGAGCUUUUGUCUAGCUGGUUUGACCCACCAACCGUGAUGGUUGGUCACAGAAGGAUGUCAGAACAGCCAGAGGGAAGCAAAGUAGAAUUAUACUAUGCCCUUCACCCAAGUAAUGAAAAGGGAGAAUGUAUCAAAGAAGAUAAAAGGAAAAGUGGUAUUCAGCCACAACAGAUUUACAUGGAUGACACUGGGCCACCACUGCAGAGGAUUGGAAGUGUUUACCUCUAUCAGUCCCACAACAACCAUUCUUUCUAUGAAAUACAAUUGGAUGGUAAUAUAGUGAUCCGUUCCUUAUUUCGGAGUGUAAGGAAAGGUGACAUUUUAACAUUCUUUGUGUUCAUUUUCAAAAACUCAACUCAAAUGAAGUUCAAAUUAAGGGCAAAAGUCACUGAAGGAGUCAAUUUAAUCGGCAUAAGGACUAUUUCUCGUUUGUGGGAUGUGAAAGAAAAUUUGUAUCUCCCAGGCAAAUUAUCACCUGUGGUUAUUGACUGCCAGCGGAUAUCAUCUUUUUCAGAAAGCAGCAUAGAUGAAACCUUCUAUGAGAUUUUCCAAAUUGAUUUCAGAAUUGGCAGUGUUAGUGACCCAUCAGGAAUCCAGAUAAUAACCUGGCAAGUGGAAUACUUCGGGCAAAGCUUAUCAGAACUGGGAGUAUCUAAAAUAUAUGUUAAUGAAAAAGAUAUUGUAGGCGUGAUCCCUAUUGCUAUGGAAGCAGAGAUACUGAACACAGCUAUACUUACUGGCAAGACAGUAGCAGUUCCUGUUAAGGUGAUCUCUGUAGACAGUACAAGCGCGGUAACUGAUAUCUCUGAAUCUGUAGAGUGCCGAACUGCGGAUGAAGAUGUGUUAAAGGUUUCUGAUCGAUGUGACUAUGUCUUCGUGAACGGAAAGGAAAUGAAAGGAAAGGUGAAUGCUAUUGUGCAUUUCACUUACCAGCACUUUAAAGCCUCACUGCUGAUGACAGUCUGGGUCCCCCGGCUCCCAUUGCAGAUAGAUCUGUCUGACGCUGAAUUGAAUCAGAUCAGAGGUUGGAGGGUUCCAAUUAUGUCUAAUAAAAGACCGGCAAGAGACAGUGAGGAUGAAGAGGAUGAUGACAAGAAGGGAAGAGGCUGCACUCUGCAGUACCAACAUGCAACAUUGCAUGUCCUCACACAAUUUAUAGCAGAACAUUCUGACAUUGUUGGUCAGCUGUCCUACCUUCUAGGAUCUGAUUGGCAAGUUGACAUUACAGACUUGAUUGCUGAAUUUAUCGAAAUGGAUGAUCCCAAAGUUGUCAGACUUCAGGGACAAAUUCUCAUUGGCCAAGAAGUUGGAAUGACAACUUUGCAGAUAUUAUCCCCACUUUCAGAUGCAAUUCUUGCUGAAAGAACGGUGAUGGUUGUUGAUGAAAAGGUGACAAUAACAGAUUUAGCCAUUCAAGUGGUGACAGGGCUGUCACUUUCUGUUCAGCUUAGCCCUGGAAGCAAUAGGGCAGUCUAUGCAACAACUAUAGCACAGGAGCACCUUUCUACUCCAAAACAGGAAGUUGGAAUAAGUUGCUGGAUUCAAUUUAGUGAUGGUACAGUGAGCCCCUUGGAUUUAUAUGAUCUAAAGGACUUUGCACUCAGUGUUACAUCAUUAGACGAGAAUAUUUUCUCUGUUUCUCAGGAUUCAAAGUCAAAAUGGCCCGUUUUUUUGGCUGUAGCAGAAGGUCAAGGAGGUUUGGUCAAAGUGGAACUCAUGAUUAGUGAAUCAUGUCAGAAGUCUAAAAGAAAAAGUGUUCUCACUGUUGGUAUCGGAAAUAUGAAAGUCUAUUUUGGUCAGAAGGAUAGGAAUAACAGCCGAAACAUCAACCGUGGACACCAUUUUGACAACCAUGGCAUUGGGAGAAGGCCAAAGACUCAGCUGGAAAUGGCUAGGCCAGAUCUUGUCUACUUUGGUACACCUUCUAUGAACAGUGAUUAUGAAAUCAUGAAUAAAGCAGCAACUGAUAAAACUCAGCUAGGUCGGACAAGAGGAAGGGAGAGUCUUUUGGAUGAUGACAGUCACCUUCCAAAUGUUCCAAUGGAUUUCACCAGCUUUCCUGCACAAGUUGACCUACCAAAUAGUAAUGGAGACUUGGAGGAAAAUGAUCUAGCACAAACUUCCAGAGGAUUAAGUGAUUUAGAAAUUGGAAUGUACGCCUUACUUGGAGUGUUUUGUCUUGCUAUACUAGUCUUCCUUAUUAACUGUGUAACAUUUGCAUUAAAAUAUAGGCACAAGCAAAUACCCGUAGAUGAGCAGGAGACCAUGACACACUCACAUGACUGGGUUGGUCUUACCAAUAGGACAGAGCUGUUGGAAAAUGUUAUAAACUUCCCCUCACAACAGGAGGCGUGCAUAACAGCCGUGGAAAGAGGGGUUAAUGUUGAAGAAAGUAAAUAUCUUCUCAACACAAACCAUCCGAAAAUUGUUAAUGGACAGGCAUACAGGUCUGCAGAGACUUCCUUUAGUGAAGGCAAAGAACAGAGAGGAGAGACUUCUUCUUCACCUACAUCGAAAAGGAAACGGGUCAAAUUUACUACUUUUACUACCAUCCCCUCAGAGGAUGGCUGCCAAGUUGUCAGUCCUAUUCUGAUAAACCAUGAAGAUGAUAUAAAAUGGGUAUGCCAAGAUUUAGACAUGGGGGAAUGCAGGGAAUUAAGAAACUAUAUGGAGAGAUUACAUGAAAACGUGUAACAAAUUGAACACAUUUCUUUGGUGAAACUGAUUUAGCAAGUUACGCAAAAAUGGAAAAAACAUACCUGUUUUGUUACAGGAUAUUAUGAACUUGUUGCAUUAAACACAAUGACUGAUAAAUGCACAACACUGCAACUUUUUUUAUGGACUACAAAAGGAUAGAAGCUAUUUAUUGUCCACAGUGUAUUUUAAGCCUAGAGAGACAGACAAACAAUGGUCUAAAGGAUGUUGUCAAUCAUGAUGCAUUAAAAUAAAAGGAGACCAUGUGAUUUAU